CGUCACAAAUGUGCGUCGUGUAUACAUACAUAUGCAUACGCAAUCGCUUCUGACAAGAUUUGAAUCUCGCUUUCGAAGUCGCGUGCCGCGUUGCACCUCGUAAACGAAGCGUUGCGGCGUCGUGUUUUACGUUUCUUCGUGCAACGCGCGCGUUCCGGGAACAUCACGUCGCCUGACAUUGCAUGUUUCAGUUCGACCUAGCAGCCGCUCGAUCCUCAACUUGUGACUUAUACCUAGGUGACUCCGUGCACCACGACUUUCUCCAACCUAAUUUUAAAGGCGCACAUCGUGUAAUUGCCAGUCGAGAAAAUCGCCGUGUUGUCGUCGACAUCGUCUUUGGGACGAGAGGCCUUCACUGUCACAGUUAAAUCCUUUGAUACAAAAUGGGUAGUAGCAGCCAGCUCUAUAGUCUUUCUUGGGGAGAAUUCAGUUCUUCUCUGGCCUCUGCAGUACAGUUGUUGAGAGGACAUGGCGAUUUGGUGGAUGUUACUUUAGCCGCUGGUGGUCGUAGUUUUCAUGCUCAUAAAAUUGUUCUUUGUGCAGCCAGUCCAUUUCUAUUGGAUUUAUUAAAGAGCACACCAUGCCAGCAUCCAGUUGUUAUGUUGGCAGGAAUUGGUGCAGAUGAUUUGGAGUCUCUCUUAGAAUUUGUAUACAGAGGAGAAGUAAGCGUUGAGCCAUCGCAGUUGCCUUCAUUGCUUCAGGCCGCACAUUGUCUAUGCAUUCAUGGAUUAACGCCACCAACUAUAUUGACAGAAAGCGGAGAAGAAGUUCCUGCAUCAGCGAUCCCAACGGGAUCAGCAACGCCAACGGGAAAUGAUGGGUUAUCAAGGACAGCACUUAAUUCUUACUAUCCAUUGAAACGGAGAAAAAGGAGGAGAAAGUCGUCCACUUCCUCUGGAAAAUGGCCCAGUAACACUACUGACAGUGAAAGUAGACCUUUGGAUGAUAACAACAGAACAAUAUCUUAUGAAAACAAGGAUGACGAUACCACAGAUCAAGCUGAUGAUGCAGCCGACAACUGCCUGGUUGGAAACUACGCGAAUCAUCAGGGCGGCGGUCACUCGCCGCGGUCUCAAGAAUCGUCCCUCGUGGAUAAUCAUCAGGCAGCACAUCAGGAUCACGUUUCGGACGGCGAGUCGCAUUUACACACGUUGAUGCCGAUGCAACCGUUCUCGUCGUUACAUAUACCGCAGUUCUCCUCCUCCCUCAACAUGGGCUAUUCACCCGGUUUGGCGUUGUCUGGGUUGGCGGCCAAUCAGACAGUGUCGACCGGGACGCUAGUCGGAAGUGCGAAUCAAUCGAAAUCACGCGGCGCUUCCGAUUGUCCAGGCGUCUGUCCGCUUUGCGGUGCGACGUUACGCCAGGCGCGGAAUCUGCGUAGGCACCUGAUAUCGUCCUGCAAAUACCGGUUCAGCAACAACACGACGCCAGCGACGACAACGACGCCGCCACCGCAUAAUUCCGACAUGAUAACGGAGAUCAAACAUGAGGUAGAGCUGCCUGGCUACAACGAUCAGUCGGUGACUUAUGGGACCGACAGUGGCAGUAACAGUUGCGAACAGAUAGUUUGCAAACCCAGUCUACCCUCGCCAACGUUGCACGGGCCUGAGAGCGUGGUCUCGCCACCGAGCAGCAUCCCAUCAUUCUUGAUGGAAUUCGUUCCAGGGGACGCAUUGUCGAAGGCACGCAGUCUGUCCGAUCAGCCGGCGUCUUGUCCAUUGUGCGGUGCGAUUCUGCGCCAGUCGAGAAAUCUCAGAAGACACUUGGAGCUUUUGCACUUCGGUUUGGGCAACGGUAGCAAGUCGGGCAUACACGCGAGACAUCGACGAGCGGCGACGGACAGGGUCAAUGAUUUCGGCCUGUCGUCGUUGGCGUGCGUUCGUCCCACUGCUAGGAUAGACUCGCACCUCGCCGCGAGGUCCACCGAGGCCUCAGACUUUCCCAUGAUGACGCCCUUGUCGAUCACCUCGUCCGUCAGUUCCGCGUCGAGCGUCAGUCUUCCAGGAAACUUGAUGGCUCCGAGCUCGAGCCUGUUGGGUUCUGGCGAUCAGAAUGGGCAUUCCUUGCCAGGAUCCACCUCGAGUACAUGCAGUGCGUCUAUAGUACCUCCGGCCAAUGGAAUUUACUCUUCGGACAGCGGUGCCAGUAUGCUGAGCUGCUUACUGCCAUCAUUGCCCACCUUGCCAUCCUUCUCCGCGUCCCACGAUGUGUUUCGACACGGCGAGAUGUUUCGUGCGGGAAUCGCGUACCAUGAUUCCUCUCGACAACACGCUAGACACAUGCAGCGCACGGACAUCACUUAACUUUGCGGCAUGCAAAACGCUUCCUAAAUGGUCCGCGAUUUCAUGCAAAAAGUGUGAACAUGUCAGCUUGCAUUGUAAACAAAUUCGAAAAUGACAGUAUUAACAGAGCACUGAGUAGACUUUACAAAAAAUGGAAUAUUUGCGUUUUUUAAGUUAUUUUAUAGAGAGAUGAAUAUUUAAUGCUAUGUGGCGAUCACGGAUGUGAAAAUUAAACCGACGAAGUAGCGAUAAAAAAUAGUGCAACGAAUGCAUAACAGAGCAAUGUAGCAACGAUGUGUAGUAUUAGGAAUUUUUUACUUGGUGCUAUGUGUACAUGAA